AUGUCGGUAAAAUAUUCAAAAGAAACUCAAGAACUUAUCAAAUUUGAUCAACAACAUUUAUGGCACCCAUAUACCUCCAUGGAAAACCCACUGCCAGUGUAUCCGGUCAAAUGUGCAAAAGGUAGCACAAUCACGUUAGAUACUGUCCCUGAAACUAAACUAAUCGAAGCGAUGUCAUCUUGGUGGUGUAUGAUUUUUGGAUAUAAUAAUGAAGAAUUGAAUGAAGCUAUGAAAAAUCAAAUUGAUAAUUUUUCACAUGUGAUGUUUGGUGGCUUGACACACAGACCUGCAAUUAAGUUAGGGGAAAAUAUUCUAAAAAUGCUAAAUGUACCUCAGCUAAACAAAGUUUUUUUUGCUGACUCUGGUUCUGUUGCUGUCGAAGUUGCUCUUAAAAUGGCUCUGCAAUACCAAUUUACGUUGAAUGGAGCCAAAAACAAAAAAUGCAAGUUUUUAACAAUUAAACACGGAUAUUCAGGUGAUACCAUGGGGGCUAUGAGUGUUUGUGACCCUAAGAAUUCAAUGCAUUCUAUUUAUACUGGAUAUUUACCUGAAAACAUCUUUGCCAAGGCACCUAAGGUACUGGAAACAUUGCCAACGUCUAACAUUUAUUAUGAAAAUUCCAAAAGCUUCGACACCAAUUGGGACCCCACUGACAUCUUGGAUUUUAAAGAAAAAAUCGAAUUAUUUCAUGGACAAAUCGCAGCUGUCAUUAUGGAACCCAUAUUACAAGGGGCCGGUGGGAUGAGGAUUUACCAUCCACAGUUUUUAAUUGAAGUUCGAAAAUUGUGUACUCAAUACAAAAUUCCGUUAAUAUUGGAUGAAAUCGCCACUGGUUUUGGCCGUACUGGUGAACUAUUUGCUUUUAACCAUGCCAACAAGUACCAGAAAACACAAACAACUAACACCCCAUUUAUUGAUGUAUACCCUGAUAUAUUGUGUAUUGGGAAAUCCUUAACUGGUGGCUAUAUGACUUUAAGUGCUGUUAUUUGUACUGAUGAAAUAAGUUCUGUUAUUUCCAACCCUUCAAGCCCAACUGGCGGUUGCUUUAUGCAUGGUCCCACUUUUAUGGCCAACCCUUUAGCAUGCUCUGUUGCAAAUAAAACCAUGGAAAUCUUACAAAGAGGUGAGUGGAAAGGUAUGAUUAAAGGUAUUGAGAAACAAUUAUAUGAAGAAUUGUAUAUGCCAUUAAAAAAAGAGCUGAUGGAUAUUAUUCAACAUGUUAGAAUUAUCGGUGCAAUUGGUAUUGUUGAAUUAAAAUCUCCUGUUGAUUCGUUAUGGUUUCAAAAGAAAAAUAUUGAAAAAGGCAUUUAUAUUAGACCAUUCAACAGGCUCUGUUAUCUCAUGCCACCUUUUAUUAUAACAAAAGAGGAGUUAUCAUUUGUUAUUCAGGCUGUUAAGGAAACAUUGAACGAGUGGAAAGUUGAGUUAGAUAAUAGAAAAACAUAA